CACAACCUACACUACAACACGUUUGGUGCACUCGUAUGCGUGCGUUAAUGAGUUAUGAUGAGUAAGAGUAAGACUGUCUGUCGUCAACGAAAAUGUGACAAAUUGUACUUUUACUUGAGGUCAUAUGGAGGGUCUGAUGAAAUCCUGGAGAACCUCAGUCACGUGUACUUGUAGCCUCCUCUUAUCAAACACGAUAAAGUAAAAUUAUUCUCAGGAUCGUAAUAAUAAUCAUGUCUUACAUUCAUUAUGGUUUUUAGUGAGAAUUAAAACACCGGAUAGUUUGGAGUAUCGUUACUUCCCCAUGACAAGGUCUCGUCUUAAACUAGACAUAAAAGCUCCUCACGAUGCAAGAAUUUCUUUACGUACACACUUGGGCGGAGAUUCUAAUGAAUACGAGAUCAUCAUUGGUGGCUGGGGUAAUAGGAUGUCAGUGAUAAGAAGGAACAACGAGGAUCUCAAUGUAGCAGAAGCAGAAACGAGAAACAUAUUAGACGUUAUGUUUACUUGUCAUUUUUGGAUACAAUGGCGGUCUGAUGGGACACUGAAUGUUGGACGUGAAAACAUGGGUGUAUUUUUGUCAUAUAAAGAUAGAAAUCCAUUUGUCAUAAACUAUAUAGGUUUAGGCACGGCCUGGGGUGCUACUGGUGAAUUCCUGUUUCAAGAAUCGUACAGUACAUCCACAGCCCUUCGGCAGCAAAUAGUAGAUACGUCUAAUUUCUGGGUAGACUUUAACGCAUCGUGCGGUCUUCCACAGAACGCCACAAAGGCUUCUGAAGACGGUUUGUACAUAGGACGCGCGAAUUUCGAGAAUUCUCUCACACCUGGUAGUGUUCGAAACAACGUGUGUAUGAUCCCAUGGGGUGGGAUCUCUAAUGAAAGAAACGAUUUUCAAGUGUUAUGCGCAAAAAAUGUGAACUGGGUGAAAUCGUGGGACGGCAGCGUCCCGUUGCACGCGCUUCCCACUGGCGAAACCGAGGACGAUUACGUUCUUUUCAUAGGGAGAGUCUUACACGAGGGUGUCUAUUACGUAGGGAAGGUGCAACACAAUCAUCAAACAUGCUACGUACCCAUCUCGGGGCAGGAGGUCUCGUUCAGGAAUUACGAAACUUUGGUCAUUUGCGAUUACUAUAUGGAGGAGUACAUCGGUAGAUGAGACAUUGCUCCCUACCAGAAGUAUUUUUCAUACAAGAUACAAAGUAUUUUUUUUAUACCAAGCGUCAUAUAAUCUGGGAUUUAAGAGCAGACAUGGAAGUUGAGAAGAAAGUCACUAAAAAUGUACCUUCAUUUUCCGUAUUUGUUUAUAUUUGUACAAGAUUGUCAUAUAAACCUAAUUUAAUUCAAUAAAACAUCACUGUAAUAUGUA